AUGAAGCAAUUCUCUUUGUCGAGCAGGCCCCAUCCAGAAGUCCCCAAACUCAAAAGUACUCAGGUCCUCUCUUCAAUCUCAGCAGCAGACCAUUCUGGAUGUUCAAGUAAUAAUACUAUUUCAUCUCCAGGAAGCGGCAGCACUGCCGUCAGUAAACCACUAGAUAAUAUGGCUAAAAAACAGCAGCAGCAGCAACAGCAGCAGCAGCAACAACAACAACAACAACGACAACAACAGCAGCAACAAGCAGAGAGCUUUCAACAAGCCUCUUCAAAACCUGCUAAGAAGCCCAAAUCAAAACCAAAGAAGAAAAAGCAAGCGACGACAGCAGCAGCACAACCUUCUAAGGCAUUAGUGGCAGAAACAGUGACAACAGUAGAUAAGUCUGCUUUGUCUUCUUCUCCAGAAUUUCUUUUAGAAAAUUCAUUUUCUGAAACGUCUUCUUUGUCAUCUCCACAAGCAGAUUCAGAAAUUGAGUCUAUUUUUUCAAAAAUGGUAGAGUUUGUGGACAAAGAUUCUGGCACAAGUAUUUCGGCCAACAAAACCACAACUCCUCUGUUGCUAUGUGCCACCACCACCACCACUACUACUACUACCAAUACCAAUACCACCUCCUCUUCUUCUACACCAGUUGCACCCCAAAACAGUCCACAACAAGGCCAACCAAAGGCUAAAAAAAAUAAACAGCAGCACCAAAACCAGCAGAGUGGGAAAAAAGUUAGUGCAGAUCUUAAUUCUCAAGCCUUGAAGGACACCACCACCAAACAGUCAGCAAAUAACAACAAAAAACUCAAUUCAAAGGUAGUUUGCAAUCCACUGGAACCUCUGCCGUCAUCAUCAAAUCAGCCAACAACGCCUUCUUCGCUGGCUGCUUCGUCUCAAACAGUCACUAAAACUCAAUCUGCAACUUCCCCGAUAGUUUCAAAAUCAUCAGCUCCACUCAAAAAGUCGGGGCAAAAUAAUAAUAAGACUAACAACAGUAGUAGUGGCAACAACAGUAACAGUCAUCUGUCGUCUUCUUCUUCUUCUUCAAAUAAAAAUAUUAAUAGUAAUACCCCAAGACAGUUAGGCUCUGCUGCUCCUGAAAUGUAUGCAUCUGAAACACAAAACCAACUAAAAAGAAGCAGCAAUCAUACUCGCAAAGAGUCUUCUUCUUCUUCUUCUUCUUCCUCUUCUUCAAAGUCCAAGAAACAGCCCUCUACUUCCUCCAGAAAUUUUCCAUCCACGGCGUUUUCUCAACAGUCAAAUUUAGAACAAUGCAGACGCCUGGCAAACAAUGAGAGUCACAAGGUCAACACCGCCAGCUUUUCUUCCUCUUCUGACACUACCUGCAAUAUGGAUUUCUCCAAAAAGCAGCGUCUCCAACAAAAACUACCAUGCAUCGAUGAUGACAUGUGCACUUUUUCCGAAAUGACGCCAGCUUCGAAAGUCGCCCCGAUCACAUCCACUCCAUCUACCUCUGCAUUUUCGGUUAAAUUUUCUCUUGAUAGAAAAAAGCAAAAACCCACAACCUUACUAAACCAGCCGGCCAACUCUAAUCUCACCAGUAGUACUCCCGGAAUUAACCCUACCAAGCAAAGCGACGCGGGUGACUCCUUUAAGGGGCUGCGCGCCUUUGACCAGAACGCUAUUCCUAAUUCGGCAAUUAUUCAGCCGCCCAGUUCUGAUGGUGUAAGCUACGCGUUUGCGGCUUCUAACUCCGUCGUUGCUGGGAGCCCCGAUAGCCUAAAACAGGAGGCUGCCGUCUCCACACUCGCAUUGUCGCCCACCCACUCACUGAAUAGGACUACUGCUAAUAGCAAUGGUGGUAGUGUUAGUAAUAAUUCAACUACCACAUCCGCACACAUUAAGACAAACAAGGCCAACAGCAAUAUUAACAGGAGUUGUUCUACUAAUCCCGCCACCUCAUUAACUACAUCAACUACUACUGCAUCAUCUAUUUCAUCUUCAUCUCAAACCAUGCAGCCGUUGUCUUCGUCGACGUCUCUGGCAGUUGAGUUCCCCGACCUUCUUGUGGACUCUGAUUCUGGUGACCGACUAGACAAUACUGAAGACAUAUUUUUUGACUGUGACAAGUGCUGGGACUCGGAUGAAGAUGAAGACUUUAAAACUGUCCAGCUCAUUCCCAAUACUGAGUUGAUACAGUUUCAACGUGAACAGGUUUUGCUGGCAACUAGAAGGUCUGCUGCUAACACUUCUCAAUCCGAAUCUCUAUCACAACCACCUAUUGGCGAAACCUCACGACCACAAACUACAACAAAAACUGUUUCUUCUUGGGAUGAAGAUGAUGCGGACUGUCUUCCCAUUGAAGUCAGCAUGGAGCUUUUCCCUAUGGAAAAGUCAACUCUUUUAGACGUUGUAUCUGACGACAAAAAUCAACCAGAAACUUCUGAAAAAAGUGAAAAGGAUAUCGCUGACAGCACAUCAACACCAAUAUCUGGCACUUUGGAAGAAGACUCCAGCCAGAAGAAAAAGAAGAAGAAGAAGAAGAAAAGCAAGAAGAAGCAGAAAUCUUCUGUCAAGCCUAGUCUUUCUAUUGACACUUCCAUAGCCAUGGUUGCAUGCAGCAAUGACUCAUCUGUGCCGCAGCCUUAUUCUCUAGAUGAUUUGCGGAGGCCACAGCCUGCUGUUUUUUACAACCCUAAAAUCCUGUUUAAAGACACACAUUAUAUCUUUGGGCCUUACCCAUACAUUAGCAUCGAUACCAGUGCCCCCAUUGUUAAGCAGAUUGAUGUUCCCGAACCUUACCCACUUCUUGAAGGUCUUUGUGAGGCCGAUGAACUGCUUCUUUCCAUUAGAAUUAGAGAGGAUAGUGGCGAUGACAGUAGUAACAGUGACAUGGAUUCAGUUCACCGUCAACGACCCAAGUGCAUUGGCGAGUUUCUUUCGAUUGAUUCCAAGUCGCAAACCUCUCGCACGUCUACUGUUGCAUCUGUUCUCGGUAACUGCGACACCCAGCAAAAGAUAUCAACUAUUUAUCCAAGCCCAAGACAACAACUGGUUCCACAACAAGUUUCACAACAGCAACAGCAGCUUCAAAUUCAACAGAAUUCUAAUCAAGCUACUAUUCCUUCAACUGACAUGAUUGUGACCGUUUCAGAUCCUCGCCCUUCUUCUAGUUCUAGUCCUGCAUUGUCUUCGACUCUUCAAGUGGAUUCUAAUGAUAGAACUGCUUCUGCUUCUCCCGAUAAAUUCCAAAACUCUCUUAUCCAGUCUCAGUUGUCUAUCCAUGAACGUCAGCAACAAGUUCUUCUUGAGCAACGAGAAAAGUUUGAGACUAUGAGACAAGAGCUUGACAAGAUGAUUGCCGAAAAUGUGGAGCAGCAAAGUCAGCUUUAUGAGCAGCUUCGUCUUCGUGUCCAGCAACAUGCUCAUUACAUGUCGACAAUUUCUCAAGCCCGUGCAGGUAUUUCUCCACCCACUUAUGUCCAGCAAUUGCAACAACAACAACAGCUUCAACAACAGCUUCAACAACAGCAACAGCUCCAGCAACAAUUACAGCUGCAACAGCAACAACAUCUUUUGCUUCAGCAACAGCAACAGCGGUUCCAUCAACAACACCAGCAAUAUCAGCAAACAACGCCUGUCUCUGUGGUUAUCAACAACAGCAAGAAUCAUUACAACGCUGCAUCUCUUGUUACUCCAAUUCCUCAGCGUCAUCGCAACUUUCGUCGCAACAACUUUAAUAACCAGCGAAUGCGUCGUCAGCAGCAACAACAACACCCCCAUCAUCAGCAUAAUUAUCAACAAUAUCAAAAUCAAAAUCAGAAUCAGAAUCAGAAUCAGAAUCAACAAAACGAUUUUGCUGAGUCUUCCUCUCGACCUCAAUCGGCAAAUAGUGCUUCUCAGCAGCACAGUGAUCGGUAUAACCCAUCAACAGUAGAUAGUUCUAUUGUUAUGAUUUCUUCUCAGUCAUCAUCUCCAAUUCAAGAUUUCCCCGUGAUGCAGUCUCAGCAGACACAACAACAGUCAUUUGAUGUUUCUCCACCUUCUGCCCCAACAAACCCCCGUCUCCGCGUCCGCUCUGAGUCUUUCCCGGACAAGGCUCUUUUUGAGCCUGUGUCUGAACAGCUCCAAUUCACCGGAGGGCAGUGGGACCGCGAGGUACUUUCGGAUGUGGAGCCCAAGGACGAACGACGCAUGGCCAAGAUUAACCGCCAUGUUGAGCAGCCCGAGGUUUUUUUCCAGCAGUCGAAGAGCCUCGAUGAUAGCCAUGUGCUCUCCAAGUUUGAUGGCGCUUCUGUUUUACGCUCGGAAUAUGAAAAGGAUGCUGGUGACGAAGAUGAGGAGCCCGGCAGCAGCGACGAUGAUGUGCUUAGUCGUUCCGACAAUUUUACAAAAAACUUUGGCGGUUACAAUCAGGGCAAUGGUUACUACAAUAGCAAGAGCCUUCCUCAUAAGCAGCAACAGAAACAACACCGCUAUGCCAACAAUAAUAGUAAUAAUAAUAUUCGCUACAACACUCGUGGAUACCACAGUGGUGGUUUUACCCACUAUACAGUCAUCAACACUCACCAUCAUUAUUAUCGCAACAAUAAUAACAAGACAACAAACAAUGUUUUGAUGGUCAACAAUAAUCCUGCGGCGGCCGCAGCAGCAGCAGCAGCAGCAGCUACCGCUGCUGCCACGGCUGCCAUUGCUUCUAAUGAAUAUUCCAAUGUGAUGGAAGUUGACUGGGAUGCCAGUGCAAUUGACAUUGAUUCAGCACUUGCCCAGGCUGACUCGAGCAGCAACAGAAAUAAGAUUGAGGAGUUGCACGAAGAGGUUGUGAGCUCAAUGGCGACUGAUGCUUCCUCUAACAGUACUGCGCGUCAAUCGUGCUGCGGCCAUAGCGAUAGCGAAGCUAGUAUUAACAAUACGAUUGUUGGUGCUGCCAGAGAAGUUCCAGAGACUGAAGUUCCACCUGUGGUUGCCACUCCGCAGCCUUUGUCGAGUGAUGAGGAGGGGUUUAUUAGUGGAAGCAGCACACUUAUUGAUUCCAACAGCCCUGAGUCUGUGUCACAGAAGAAGGAGCAACAGGUGCCUGUGAAAGAGCAGGGAUCGGAAUACGAGUAUAAGCAGCAGCAGGAGGAGCAAGAUGAAACUAUAUCUGUUUUGUCUCAUCACACUGAUACCAUUUACGGGCUGCCUGAUUACGCGUUUGCAGAGGAUACUUGCAAUGUGAAGGAAGAUGAGCUUGCUGCUCCCAUGCAAAACUUGUCUUCCUCUCUGGAGGAUAAUUACAUGGUUGUACCCAGUGACGAUAGCCACGAGAGCAAGGAACUUGGCUUUGAUUUUUCUGCUGGUGCCGAGCUUGAAGAUUUGCCAGCUACUACUGUUACUUCUUGUUCUUCUUCUUGUUCUUCUUCUGCAUCCAAGUCUAUAGAGGAUGAAGGUACAGAGGAUGUGGAGUUUCUGAUUGGCAAAAUGGAGUUGGAAAAUGAUGCACCAACAGCCUUAGGAAAGGCAGCACUUGCAGCCAUUCAAUAUGUUCCUGGGGCUGAAGAAACUGAGGGAAGCCGUCCAGCACAGCAAGAUGAAGAGCAGAAGGAGCUUGAGCAACAGGAAGAAGAAGAAAAAGAAGAAGCUGAUGUUGAGGAAGAUGAGCAAAAUGAGAGACAGGAACAAAGACAACACAAUGAGAGUGCUCCGGCAUCGCCUGUAUCGUCUUCUAGCAAGAUUCCGCGUGACAAUAUGGUUGCGUUACUGUCGUACCCAUUUUUAAACCAGAGCACAUCGCCUGCUCGCACCGCCAACAUUGGCCUUUCGUGGUUUUAA